AUGGAGCGGCUGAAGUCUAUAUUUUCUUCGAAACUCUGUCUCAGGUUCUGGAACAGAGCCACUGCCGAGACCAGAGAUGAGCUAGUUGACAUUGAACUCACGAACCGCGAUACGGCCAGGUCGGAGCUAAACAUCGAAAGCUACCCCCGUGGGUAUCCACAAUACUCGGCCCUCAUAUCGUCCUCCGAAUCUUUCUUCAUCUUUAGAUCGUUCUAUCGGCUACGAGCCAGGGUCUUGCUCACUAAGCAAGACGAGUUGCAUGUUCUAGAGUCGCGACUCGACCAGGUCGACCGCGGAGAGAUCGCGCCUUUCUUCUUAGGAACAACUCGAGAUGACGGCAAUGCUGACCGUAAAGCGCUCCUCGCUGAGAUCAGCCUGAAGAUCACCGAGUUUGGUAUAUUCCCUGAUUUUUCACCUCCCAUUCCCGCGUAUUUGUCUAACAAUAUGUGGACAGAUGCCUUUAUCAAUCAAUGCCGCCACAUGCUGACCUAUUGCCGGGCGAAUUCUCGCGAUGUAGCGAGCCUCCAAAACUGGCUGGAGUCGACGGGCUGCUUAGUUAGACAUGAGACCUCUUAUCUCGAACGAGAGAAUGACCUUGUAUCGCUUGCAACCUCCGACGACGUUGCCCUGAAGCGUCUAGAGGAUUUUAUUGAAGAUCGCCUGAUCCAAUACUACAAGGGGUUCCGAUCGACUAAGGCCUGGCCACAGCGAUUAGGGUUCGAUGCCUCGACGAAUCCCGAUAUCUAUCUAUACACUGGCAGCUUGAUCAAGUCUAUCGCCAAGGGGAUGAUGGUCCUCAUCAUGUGCUUCUUACUACUUACACCUGUUGUCAUUUGCAUCCUUGUCGACCGCACCGCAACCCGGAUCAGUAUCAUCUUCAUGUCGACCGCGCUGUUCCUGGGAGUCUUGGCAUGGCUGACGAGGUCGAGGAUGAUAGAGUUGAUCUUGGCGGGGGCAACGUUCGCGACCGUUCUGACAGUGUUUGUCUCCAACACUACCAUCCAAGAAGUUGCAAGUCUAAUGGAUGACGUGGAUGAGGCCAUCCGAAUCGCUCGACAUGCAGUCAGCGCGACUCCGAGCAACGACCCGAGCCGGGCGGAAAGCUUACUUGACCUUGCGUCAAAGCUGGAUGAUAAGUACCAGAAGAACAAUCAGAGAACUUCUGCCGACCUAGAAGAGAUCAUUGACCUCCAUCGCCAAGCCGUCGAAGAAACCCCAGCCGAUCAUCCAGACCUGGGACAACGACUGCAGUGGCUCCACCACGACAUUGCUAGCAAGUAUACAGAGACCGGAGCACUGGCCGAUCUUGAAGAAACUAUUCGAAUCGUUGAAAGACUUGUUAAAGUGACGGCGGGAAAAGACCAAAAUGACUUUGACCCGGAAUCUAACUGGGACUUUUGGCUGUUCCAACUCAAGUCGUACCUCUGGAAAAGGUACAACAAGACUGAAGAGUUAGAUCAUCAGAGGGAAUACAUCCGGACCUGUGAGACAUUUGUCCACGGGGCAGAUCUGUCGGAAUCGCUAUGGAUUUCCGAAGCACAACAUCUUGAGCUUUAUCUAACCGACGUUUUUGGCAAGACCGGGGACGUGUCUCUCCUAGAUGAAGCUAUUUCUCUCGCACAAACAAUUGUCGAUAAGACUGCGACUGACGACCCAGACCGGGCAGAACGACUGGACUGUCUUGGAGACCGGCUCGCUAAGAGAUUUGUCGAGACACGAGCAAUGAGCGACAUCGAGGAGGCCAUCAAGUCUAGCCAGCAAGCUGUCGAACUUACUCCCAAAGAACAUCGAGAUUAUCCAGUACGAUCAACCAAUUUUGUGCUUCACAUGAGUAGCAAGUACUCAAUCACUGGGAAAUUUGCUGAGCUUGAAGAAAUCAUCCGACGCAUGAGAGACAUUGUCAACGUGACCCCUGAUGAUCAUUGGCACCAGGCCAGAGGGCAGCAUUCUCUCGCGUCCCAACUUCUCCACAUGUACGGGAGGACUGGGAUAUUGUCUGACUUGCAUGAAGCCAUUCAGCUUGCUGAAACAGCUGUUGCCAAGGUUCCCAGUUACUUGGCUCAGACUCGGGCAUACUAUCUGGAUACGCUUGGUAGUCUACUCAAAUGGGAGUACAUAACAACUGGCGACCCGGCUCUACUUGAUAGAAUGAUCAAUACAACUCAGCAAGCUGUCGAGUCCACUCCAGUCGGGCACCCGGAGAGGGCCUCUUUUUUACGCACUCUCGCAGAAGGCUUUCAUGAAAAGUACCGAAUCACGAAAGCGACGAGCGACUUCGAGAGCGCUUUGACCUACAACAUGUCUGUCAUACACCAGGAGAACGCACCCGUACUCACUCGCAUACUUGCGGGCAAAGAGGUCCUCAAUCUCUGUGCAGAAGCGCCGGAUUGGGAACGGGCUUUCCAAGUCUCGAACACGGUGGUCGAUCUCAUCUCCAAGCUAUCGCUACGGUCCCUUGGCACCAUGGACAGGCUUAACUUCGCCUUUAAGAUAUCCCGCUUUGCAUGUGACGCCGCAGCUUCGGCAUUUCAUGCAGGCAAGGGACCGGUUGCUGCGUUGAAGUUCCUCGAGCAAGGCCGCGGCUUGAUGAUUAUACCAUUUUACGAAUUGUGGGCAGAUAUCUCCGAGCUGGAGCAGAAGGAACCCGAACUGGCAGACGAUUUUGCUCGUCUUCGCAACGAGGUUUCACUUUUGGUCGCUCGCGACUCUCCCGACUCGGGGUCUGGCUCACCCUCAGGAGGGCAAGCCAGUCGACGACGGUACGACGUUAGCCAAGAACUCGAGCGAGUCGUUGCUGCAAUUCAGAAGAAGCCAGGGUUUGAAAGGUUUCUACUCCCAGCCAAUGAAGAAGAGAUGCGAGCAGCGGCACGGCAUGGCCCGAUCAUUGUCAUCAAUUCGAGUCGACAUCGCUGCGAUGCCAUCCUGAUUGAGACCAACCAGAUACGCUCUCUAACUCUGCCUCACUUCGCCUACGAGGAUCUGGGCACAUACUUGUUUCAAGGCGAUGUGUCCAGCCCAAAGGUCCUAGGGUGGCUAUGGGAUGUCGUUGCAAAACCUAUCCUAGAGGCUCUCGGGUUCGCUCGGCCUCCCAUCGACGGCGAGUCCUGGCCUCACGUGUGGUGGAUCACCACGGGGCAUCUCAGCAAGUUUCCUGUGCAUGCUGCAGGCGACUACAGCGAGCACCGGGUCCCUUUUCAGACAGUCCUCGACAGGGUGAUGUCGUCGUACAGCUCCUCCGUGAUGGCAAUCAUACAUGGCCGCCAGCGCCGCAGGCGAACGGUCGCCUCGCCAGCGACGGCACAAGCACUGCUCGUUGCGAUGGAGCAGACUUCCGGCUGCAGCAAGCUAGACUUUGCGACCACAGAGGCGGCGAUGCUGCGCGGCGUGUUCAAGUCGCUGAACCUCGACUGCGUCGAGCCGCGAAGAAGCAGACAGGACGUCCUGUCGACCCUGUCCAGCUGCGACGUAUUCCACUUCUGCGGGCAUGGCCACUCGGACGUGAACCCGUCGAGGAGCCGCUUGCUCCUCGAGGACUGGCAGACGAACCCCCUCACGGUCGCCGAUCUCCUAGAGGCUAACCUCCGCGACAACCCCCCCUUCCUGGCCUACCUUUCCGCGUGCGGGACCGGCCGGAUCGAAGACGAGAUCUUCGUCGACGAGAACAUUCACCUCAUUAGCGCGUGCAAUCUGUCCGGCUUCCGCCACGUCAUCGGCACGAUGUGGGAGGUCGACGACUCGAUCUGUGUAGACAUGGCGAAGCUCACGUAUGAAGGCAUGAGGGAUAGGGGUAUGACGGAUCUGUCGGUGUGCCGCGGCCUCCACAAUGCUACUCGGAAGCUACGAAGUCGGUGGCUUGAUAUGCUAGCAAGGAACAGAGGUGCUAUUGCGGCUAUUGAGGCCCUUACGAUUUCAAACGAUGGUACUGUGGAUGAUACAGGCGAUGUGGGCCUUGGCGAUCAAAAUAGGAUGAGGAAAUUUGAAUGGAUCGAGGAGGAGGAAGAAGACGGGGACGAUGAGGAGAAGGGGAAGGAAGAGCGAGGAAGCUCGGGGCAUUGGAUUCCCUUCAUUCAUUUUGGCGUGUAG